AGACAUUCAUCUAAUUAUCUACAAAAUGACUAUGACACCAGAAGAAAAAUACGAACUUAUUACCCGGAAUUUACAAGAAGUUCUUGGAGAAGAAAAAAUCAAGGCCAUUCUUGCUGAACGAGAUCUUAAAUUGUACUGGGGAACGGCAAGUACCAGUAGUCCACAUUUAGGUUACUUUGUACCUAUGACCAAGAUUGCUGACUUUUUGGCUGCUGGUGUUGAAGUAACUAUUUUGUUAGCUGAUAUUCAUGCUUUCCUUGACAAUUUGAAGGCACCUAUCGAACUUGUUAAGAGCCGAGCUAUUUACUAUGAACGUAUGAUUAAAGCUGUAUUGACUUCUAUUGGUGUACCUCUGGACAAGCUCAAAUUUGUGUUGGGAUCCGAUUUUGAACUCUCUAAAGAAUAUACCAUGGAUAACUUCAAGUUGUGCUCUUUAGUGACUGAACAUGAUGCCAAGAAGGCUGGUGCUGAAGUAGUGAAACAAGUAGCUUCUCCUCUUUUAUCUGGUUUAUUGUAUCCUGGUAUGCAAGCAUUAGAUGAACAAUACCUUGGUGUCGAUGUACAAUUUGGUGGUGUAGAUCAACGAAAGAUCUUUGUUAUGGCUGAAAAAUACCUUCCUCUCUUGGGUUAUGAAAAGCGAGCUCAUUUGAUGAAUCCAAUGGUGCCUGGUUUGACUGGAACAAAAAUGUCAUCCUCGGAUCCUGAUUCCAAGAUUGAUUUCUUAGAUUCUCCUGCUGCUGUCAAGAAGAAGAUUAAGAAAGCUUUCUGUGAAGAAGGCAAUAUUACUGAAAAUGGUUUAUUAUCUUUCCUCAAGGCUGUCUACUUUCCUCUCAAAUCUCUUCAUGGAAACACUCCUGAAUUUAUAGCUAUUCGUCCUGAACAAUAUGGUGGAAAUAUGGUUUACAACAAUUAUCAAGAUCUGGAAGAUGAUUUUAGGGAUAAGAAAGUACAUCCUGGUGAUUUGAAGGCUGGUGUAAUUGAAGCUAUCAAUGGACUUUUGGAUCCUAUUCGCAAGACCUUUGAAGACCCAGAAUACAAAAAGAUUACUGAAGCUGCUUACCCACCAGAAGUCGUCGUCAAGGCUCCUAGCAAACCCAACAAACGUGAACGCAAAGCUGCCGCUAAGAAGCAAAAGGAAGAACAAGAUGGAAAUACCAAUAAGGAAAAUCAAGUCCCUGUCAAUAAGGAAACUGUAGCAUAAAUGUAGAUUUUUUUUUUUUUUUUUAAGUAUAUGAACGAUUGAAAAUAAAAUAGACGGGCUACUUCUGCGGAGUUCAUUUGUUACAUGACUUUUUUUGUUUGAAUAAAAAAUCGCGUAGUUUUUUUUUUUUCUUUU